AAGAUGGCAGGCGCCGGAGACUAGCUUCCGCUUCCGGUGUGAGUGGCCCGGCCGGGGGGGCAAGAUGGCGGUGGCAGUAGGGGUCCGUGGCCGGUACGAGCUGCCGCCUUGCUCCGGCCCAGGCUGGCUCCUCAGCCUUUCAACCUUGCUGAGUGUGGCGGCACGAGGGGCCUUCGCCACCACGCACUGGGUCGUCACGGAGGACGGGAAGAUCCAGCAGCAGGUGGAUUCACCAAUGAACUUGAAGCAUCCUCAUGACCUAGUCAUAUUAAUGAGACAAGAAACAACAGUUAACUACCUCAAAGAAUUAGAGAAACAAUUAGUUGCUCAAAAAAUUCACAUAGAAGAGAAUGAGGACAGAGACACAGGACUGGAACAGAGACAUAAUAAAGAAGACCCAGACUGCAUCAAAGCCAAGGUGCCCUUAGGGGACCUGGAUCUGUAUGAUGGCACAUACAUAACUUUGGAGAGCAAAGACAUCAGUCCUGAAGAUUAUAUAGACACAGAAUCUCCUGUCCCUCCAGACCCUCAGCAACCUGAUUGUACUAAAAUUCUAGAACUUCCAUAUAGUAUACAUGCUUUUCAGCACUUGAGAGGUGUACAAGAGAGAGUUAAUCUUUCUGCACCUCUACUACCUAAAGAAGACCCAAUCUUCACAUAUUUAUCUAAACGAUUAGGAAGGAGUAUAGAUGACAUAGGCCACCUCAUUCAUGAAGGCCUACAGAAGAACUCUUCCUCAUGGGUACUGUAUAACAUGGCUUCAUUUUACUGGAGAAUUAAGAAUGAGCCAUAUCAGGUAGUAGAAUGUGCCAUGCGAGCACUUCACUUCUCUUCCAGGCACAAUAAAGACAUUGCCCUGGUCAACCUGGCAAACGUUCUACACAGAGCACACUUCUCUGCUGAUGCUGCUGUCGUGGUCCAUGCAGCUCUGGAUGACAGUGACUUCUUCACCAGCUAUUACACUUUGGGGAAUAUAUAUGCAAUGCUUGGGGAAUAUAACCACUCAGUGCUCUGUUAUGACCACGCUUUGCAGGCCAAACCUGGGUUUGAGCAAGCUAUAAAGAGGAAGCAUGCUGUCCUAUGCCAGCAAAAACUGGAGCAGAAAUUGGAGGCUCAACAUAGAUCUCUCCAGCGAACACUGAAUGAGUUAAAAGAGUAUCAAAAGCAGCAUGACCACUACCUGAGACAGCAGGAAAUCCUAGAAAAACAUAAACUGAUUCAGGAGGAGCAAAUCUUAAGAAAUAUCAUUCAUGAGACUCAGAUGGCAAAAGAGGCACAGUUAGGAAAUCAUCAGAUAUGCCGACUGGUAAACCAGCAGCAUAGUUUACAUUGCCAGUGGGACCAGCCUGUACGCUAUCAUCGUGGAGAUAUCUUUGAAAAUGUGGACUAUGUUCAGUUUGGUGAGGAUUCAUCAACCUCCAGUAUGAUGUCUGUGAACUUUGAUGUUCAAUCAAAUCAGAGUGAUAUCAAUGAUUCGGUCAAGUCUUCUCCCGUAGCCCAUUCUAUUCUCUGGAUUUGGGGCAGGGACUCUGAUGCAUAUAGGGACAAACAACAUAUUCUGUGGCCUAAAAGAGCAGAUUGUACAGAAAGCUACCCUAGAGUCCCUGUUGGUGGGGAAUUGCCAACGUAUUUUCUGCCUCCGGAAAACAAAGGACUCAGGAUCCACGAACUCAGCAGUGAUGAUUAUUCUACAGAAGAAGAGGCCCAAACCCCUGACUGUUCCAUAACUGACUUCAGAAAAAGCCACACUCUGUCCUACUUAGUCAAAGAAUUAGAGGUUCGCAUGGAUCUGAAAGCCAAAAUGCCAGAUGACCAUGCACGAAAAAUUUUGCUUUCCCGUAUUAAUAACUAUACUGUCCCAGAAGAAGAAAUUGGGUCUUUCUUAUUUCAUGCUAUUAAUAAGCCAAAUGCUCCUGUCUGGCUCAUACUCAAUGAAGCUGGACUAUACUGGAGAGCAGUAGGAAAUAGCACUUUUGCUAUUGCCUGUCUUCAGAGGGCUUUGAAUUUAGCUCCACUUCAAUACCAAGAUGUUCCUCUUGUCAACUUGGCCAACCUUUUGAUUCAUUACGGCCUUCAUCUUGAUGCCACUAAGCUGCUACUUCAAGCUUUGGCCAUCAAUAGCUCUGAGCCUCUGACCUUUUUGAGCCUGGGAAAUGCUUACCUUGCUCUGAAGAAUAUCAGUGGAGCACUUGAGGCCUUUAGACAGGCCUUGAAAUUAACCACCAAAUGCCCAGAGUGUGAAAACAGCCUGAAGUUGAUCCGCUGUAUGCAGUUUUAUCCUUUUCUGUACAACAUCACUUCUUCUGUUUGCAGUGGUAAUUGUCAUGAGAAAACCCUGGACAACAGCCAUGACAAACAGAAAUAUUUUGACAACUCACAGUCACUGGAUGCUGCUGAAGAAGAGCCCUCUGAGAGAGGAACAGAGGAGGACCCUGUGUUCUCUGUUGAGAAUUCAGGGAGGGACUCAGAUGCCCUUAGACUUGAAAGUACGGUGGUUGAGGAGAGCAAUGGCUCUGACGAGAUGGAGAAUUCAGAUGAAACCAAAAUGUCAGAAGAAAUACUGGCUUUGGUGGAUGAAUUUCAGCAAGCAUGGCCUUUGGAAGGCUUUGGGGGUGCACUGGAGAUGAAGGGGCGGCGUCUAGACUUACAAGGAAUACGGGUGCUGAAGAAAGGUCCCCAGGAUGGAGUGGCCAGAAGCUCUUGCUACGGAGACUGCAGAAGUGAAGAUGAUGAAGCAACAGAAUGGAUUACAUUCCAGGUCAAACGUGUAAAGAAACCCAAAGGAGAUCAUAAGAAAACUCCUGGGAAAAAAGUAGAAACAAGUCAGAUAGAAAAUGGACAUCGUUACCAAACAAACCUGGAGAUCACUGGCCCCAAGGUGGCAUCUCCUGGGCCACAAGGAAAAAAACGUGACUACCAGCGUCUGGGAUGGCCCAGCCCAGACGAAUGCGUCAAACUCCGCUGGGUAGAGCUGACUGCCAUCGUGAGUACCUGGCUUGCAGUUUCUUCAAAAAACAUUGACAUCACAGAACACAUAGACUUUGCCACCCCUAUACAGCAGCCAGCAAUGGAGCCUCUUUGCAAUGGCAAUCUCCCCACGAGUAUGCAUACCCUGGACCACUUGCAUGGGGUUUCCAACCGAGCCAGCCUGCACUACACAGGGGAGAGUCAGCUAACAGAGGUAUUACAAAAUCUCGGCAAAGACCAAUAUCCACAACAGUCGCUUGAACAAAUUGGCACCCGAAUUGCCAAAGUUUUGGAAAAGAACCAGACGUCCUGGGUCCUCUCCAGCAUGGCAGCCCUCUACUGGAGGGUGAAAGGCCAAGGAAAGAAGGCAAUCGACUGCCUCCGCCAGGCUCUGCACUAUGCACCACACCAGAUGAAGGAUGUGCCCCUGAUUAGCCUGGCCAACAUCUUGCACAAUGCCAAGCUCUGGAAUGACGCCGUCAUAGUGGCCACCAUGGCAGUAGAGAUCGCACCACACUUUGCUGUGAACCACUUCACUCUGGGCAAUGUCUACGUGGCAAUGGAAGAAUUUGAAAAAGCACUGGUGUGGUAUGAAUCCACAUUGAAGCUUCAGCCCGAGUUUGUCCCGGCCAAGAACCGAAUCCAGACCAUCCAGUGUCACUUAAUGCUGAAGAAGGGACGGCGCUCUCCUUAGUGCACUUCUUCUUUCUCUCUUUCUCUUUACUCAUUCUCUCAAAAAAAAAAAAAAAAAAGAAAAAAAGAAAAAAGAAACCAAUCAUUGUCAGUAUCUACUAUUAAUGAUGUGUGUGAAAAUAACUAAGACUUAUAACAGGACUUUUACAUAUGCGGGAAUUGGUUUGUUUUUAAGUUUCUCCUUUCCCCCAACCAGCCUCGGAAGAGGCACCUUCAGAAACACACAUUUCUUAAAAGGAAAGUGCAGCUUCAAGAUAUUGUGUAAAUACUGAGCCAAGACAUUUCUGGAGCUGUGCUCUGUCUCCAAAAACCUCACUGCCUUUAGGGCUUUUCUCAGUGGUCCAGCUAGCCUCCUCUUUGGAGGAGGACGAAGCCGCAUUGCUCAUUCUCUGCUUCCUGUCGUAGCCUCUGUUGUCAGUGGAAAUGCAGAAGCUCAUCUGGUGCCCGUCGGUGAGAAGCAACGUUCUGCGCUCUCUCCGUUAGACCUCCAUGCUGUCCCCAGUCUUGUACGUUCCAUGCUGCUAUGUUACAAACUCUCAGAGGUAGUUUGCAGGGGAGGAAGGGGAAUAUGAAUUUUAAAACAAAAUAUUUACAACAACAAAAAUUCUUAGGAUCAGCUGACCUUUGUAAUGUUAUUUAUGUUGGGGAGGGAGGGGGGCUGAGAAGGGGAAAUCAGCAGUGUGCAACAUCUUUCUCAUUUGUACUUUAAUUGCCAAUCACAAGGAAACCAAUAAGUUGAAAUCCUAUAUAACAGGUUUAUAUAUAUAGAAUAUGUAUAUUUGAAGCCCUCUACAGACUGAGUCUAUGUUUUACUAAUUCUUUGUUCACUGUGUUACCCAUCUUGGAAUAAGGUGUGAGUGUCAGCUCCCUCUCUCUGAGGCCUCCCGACUUCGCCCCUCAGGAGAGUAAUGAGCCAAGGUUGAGUGUUUCCAUACAAUGCUUUUACCUUUGGUCCCAGGAGAAUCAGAAACUCCAACAUUUUGGAAUCUUCAAGGGCACAUACUGAGAAAAAAAAUAAAAUUGUUUAUGAGCAAAA